AUGUCUUCACGGAGCUCUUCGUCCACUUUCCGCUCCGAGCACAUCAGCACCUACACGCCGAGCAAGCAUCGCUUCGAGCCUCUGCUGGAUCCUCCACAUGGGAUCUUUGGAGCAGGGAGAACACAGGAGCCCUAUGGGUAUUCAGGCUCCCCUCCGUCAGUCCAUUCCUCCGCCUUGGGCAGCAGCAACGUGGUGGCCAGUGGGAACAAAUACCAGGUCAUCACGGAUCUCAGCCAGUUUGAACCUCAAGAUAUUGUGGUGACUUCCUACAACUAUUGCAUUGUUAUCCAAGCUGAGAAGAUGGCCGAUGAUGGCAUCGUCUCCAAUACCUUCACCCACAAGUGCCAGCUGCCAACAGACAUGGAUCCUCUGUCCGUCAGUUGCUCCCUGAACGAUGCUGGCAAGUUGAUCAUCACGGCUAGGAGGCAACAGCUGUCCCCAUCACCUCUGUAUCGCACGGAGGUGAAACUCUGA